UUGAGAUGGCAGCGACAGUCGGCGGCAGCCACGACCUCAUGGCUGCCAUUGCGAGCUAUGUCCCGAGUGCCACAGCCUUGCGUACGCUGCUGGAAGUGUUGCCACCAGCCUUACUCGGCGGCACGUGGGUCAGCGUCCUCCGUCUUCUCCAGCACCCGAAGCUCGACCCAAAUGCGCUCUGGCCGACAGUGCAAUUCAAGGCCAUCGAGGCCGUCUUUAAUCCCAGAGGCAAGAUCGAUGUGUGGGCGCUUCCGGAGCUCCAGCCGCUCUGGGCCAUGGGCGUCGACGUGGCGUUCCAGUACAUGUACGACGACGAUAUCGCUCGCCUCCGAGAUGCACAACCGCUACUUGUCGACGUUGACGCCUUUGGCUUCCAAGAGUGCGCGACUGUCAACGUUGCGAAAGGCGUCUGGACGGGCUGCAUGCUGCGGCUUUCUUCGUCGAGCACCCAAGACGGCGUCGCGGCCAUGGCACGUGCCGUGGCGACGAUGCCAUCCUUGCGCCAUGUUACGCUCAACCUUUCCCAGGUUUCUUGCGUGCUUGAGAGUGACCCACCCGAAUUUGAGUACUUCGCCGCACCAUUUCCUGCCGCGCUCGAGCCAUACGUCUGGACAGCCCUCUCUCCAUCGCAUCUCGUUGAUGUCACGAUCCUCGGCGGGGACCUCUUGGCGACGACCAAAGGCGUCAGUUCGGCCAUCCAAUGGCUUGCGUCUCGGCCCCUGCGACGCCUCUGCUUGUCGGACGUCAGAGUCGCGGCCCACGACGUCGAUGCUCUCGUGACUGCGAUGCGCAACUGCACCACGUUGUCGACCAUCGAGCUCAGCUACGAUCUUACGCUAGUGUCGGCGUUCUUGUCGGCGCCGCUGCCACGUCAUGUGCGUCGCUUGCGCUUGUUUGUGAGCGACGAGCCGUACCAUCCAAAGUCAGGUUGGUUCAAGAUCACGGCGCUUCCCGUCCCAUCUGGUCGUCUCGCUCACUUUGUCGCCACGGCCAUCGACGGCUCGGCGUUGACGCACUUGUCGCUGGAUGUCCACCGUCUCGGCAACGACAGUGUUGCUGCGAUCGUGUCGACUGCGCUUCAGAAAAUGCCGCGCCUCACCCACUUGGAGCUGCUCAACGUGCCGUCGGGUCCCCACCUUGGCGCGGUCCUUGCAACAAACGCGACACGCAUCCAAGCGCUCGAGUCGUUGCGGUUGCAAGAGCAACCAGUCGAUUCAUUCGACAUGUUUGGCGCGUCCGACUACUAGCCCGAUUAUGACUAUAAGUGUAGUACAAUUGUAUUGUACUGUACGCUACCAAUAAUUUAAAUAUGCUUUCCUGGG